AUGUCUUCCACGGCGGUUCCCAAGGUCGUCCCGGCGCAGCUCUCCUUUCUAGCCAUUUACAAUCCCUCGCUCGGAACAUCGGAUGAGACUUUCCACCAGCAGAUUGUCUUCUACUACUCCAAGGCCGCCAAGACGCGCUCCAGGCUGAAGGAUGGCGAUACAGAGAGGGAGGAAGAGUUGCGCGAGCAGGAGAACGAGAAGCUUCGCCAGGUCGGGCUAGCUCAGGGCAUGGUAGGCUUUGCGAAGAGUUUCUCCAAUGGCGAAGCAGUUGACUCUGUGGAAACACAAAAGUCGCGUAUUGUUCUACGCGAACUGGAGAAUGAAUGGUGGAUAUUGGCAUCCAUUGAUCUCACCCAACUCCCCCCUACCGGCGGCCUCACACGAACCGACUCGAGCACCGAUACGACCGAGCCCAUAAUCGAAUACUCGUCACGCGAAGUCAGCCCGCCUGCUCUUCUGAUCCAGCAAUUCGUACGCGCCCAGUCCGUCUUCCUGCUACACCAUGGCUCAACACUCGAGACCAUGUUCUCCAAGCACGGCCGUGCCAAGUUUUGCAGCAUACUCGACAAAUACUGGUCGCGAUUUGCGAGCAGCUGGGAUGUGCUACUACAUGGAAGCCCUGCGGUGGACAUAUACGGUGGCAUGAAGCUGGCAGCAGGCGGUGAGCUCGGUAUGGGCGUUGGUGAGGAGGAAUGGGGAAGCAGCGAGCGAGACGUGCUGGAAGACUUCGCACGCCGAACCUCAGGUCUCGUCGAUGUCAUGGUGUCUCGCUUUGGAGAAGCAUCACCUCUACAACAAGCCAAGACAUCCACAGACCCGAAGACACUCGAAGUGUCAGAGCUGGAACCCUGGAUAGGAGUCGGAAAGAACGUCCAUGCCGCAGAUGGCGUUGUCUUUUCGGGUCUGGGAGCUGUGAGCAGGAAGUCGUUACGAGACUUGUCUCACUGGGUAGAGACUAUCUACGCCCACGGCGAGUAUGCUUACGGCGUACGAGAUAACCCAACAUCAGAUCGUAGGAAACGACGGAGGAGAAAUCUGAAGCCCGAACCCGAACCAGAAGAGCCAUCGCCUCCAAUACAAGAAGAAAGGCCGCGCUUCCCUCCGUCGAGCAACGGCUCCCUACCACCGGGUAUCCCUCCGCCUAUUGUCAAAGCAGCCGAGAACUCUCUUGACAAGGCCUCCGCCGCCGUCCAAAACAACAAAUCCCAGCCCGACUCUACUGCACCUGAGUCCAAGCCAAUGCUCGCGUCUCUGGGUGACACCGAGACCUGGAUGAAGUACAUGACACUUGGCUAUGGGACAGCAUGGGGUGGAAAGAAGAGUGCCGAAACCUCGGAAUCUGCUGCUCCAAUGCCAGCACCGCUACCACCGGCACGCGAACGCACCCCUUCACCAGCAGCGAUGCGCUACGUAGAUCCAACUCCCGAUGUGGACCCAGCGGAAGAGAAGAUGAAGCAACAGAUACGUCUAGAGAACGACGGGUAUUUCCUUGUAGGACUCAAAGGCGAUCUACAGGACUUAGACAUCGAUGACGAGAACGGAGAGGGCGACUGGAACAUCCGCAUACCGCUACGGACUAUACACGUGGAGGUCGACAGGCGAGAAGCUUCACUGAAAACAGAAGAUGGUGACUCGGACUCGACUCCACAGUACGAGAAAGACAUGAGGGUGGAGCCGACAACAGAGAACAAGCUAUCACGGUUACGACCUGUUGUCUACGUGCACCGUCCCUUCGUCUACACCUUCCUCUUCGAACACCGCACCCACUCCCUCGGCGUCGCAUCCUUCUACCGCGACAUCCACAACUUCUUCUCGCCCCUCCACCGCUCCCUCGACAAGAGCACAUCCCCCAGCCUCGUCGCCGCCCGCCUCCACGCCGUCUCAAACCACUACACGACCGAAGCUUCAUCCGGCGGCUCAGGCCCCUCCUCCGGCCCCAACACACAAACCAUCUACGAUCUCGUCUACGACCCCCGCACCUACACCCUGCACUCUAGCCUGCCCAAUAUCCCCGAUCCGGGCACCCUGCUCGCCGAAGGCCUGGGCAGCAACAGCACGAGCUCCCUCGGCUGGAGCAGGAUCGAAGCCCUGAACGUACAUUCCCAGAUCCUCGCUACGGUAGCGGGUACACGCCGCAACCUCUCUGAAAUCGAACGCACGUGCAAAACAUCUCGCGGCUGGUGGGUUGUCUGGAUGCGUCUCCCACCCUCGCAAGUCUCCAACGAAGAUACUGCGCAGAACAAUGCUUCGAAUGAAAACGCUGGUUCGGGGCACGGCUCCGGCCAGUUCAAUUCCAACGAGCUGCGUGAAGCGUUUCUGGUGAGGAGGGCGAGAGAUACGACGGCGCAUAGUGCGAAGAGCUCGAGUAGCUUUGCGAGUGGCAUGUGGAGUGGGCUUGGUAUGGGAGGCGGGAGUACGUCGAGGAAUGAGAGGAUGGGUGGGAGUGCCGCUGGGUGGGGACCCAAGGGGUUGGCGGAGGGGAUUGGGAUUGAUGCGAGGAGGUAUGUUGAGGAGUUGUUGAGUUUGAAUAGGUAG